AUUAACCGGCUGGUAGGGGCCACAACUGAUCAACAACUGCCUUAGUUUGAAUAUUUCUGUUACGUGGCAGUCAGGUUAGUGUUAGCAGAUUCUUUAGUCAUCAUUUUCACUUUGAAGUUGACAUUUUACAUCGCUGGUGUUUAGGAAUUGUUCCUGUCCAGAUUUGCACACCAAGAAUAAUGAAGCACAGUGUGGUUUUUCUUUUGCUGCUCCUCUCGGGGAUGUGCUCAGCUUGCCUUUCUGGAAAUGUGGCCUUGCGUGGCAAAGCAACUCAAUCAACCCGCUACAACGGACAGCAGAUUGGUUUUGCGGCUGCCUACAAUGCCAUUGAUGGAAACCGUGAUACCAAUUAUCUCCAUGGAUCAUGUACCGCGACUGCACAACAGACUAACCCCUGGUGGAGAGUGGACCUGCUGGAGUCCUACAUCGUCACCUCCGUUGUCAUCACCAACAGAGGAGACUGCUGUGCAGAAAGAAUCCACGGGGCAAAGAUUCACAUCGGCAACUCUUUAGAAGGCAAUGGUGCCUCUAACUCACUGGUUGGUACCAUUCCUGCAAUUGCUCCAGGGGAGACAUACACUGUGACUGUCAGCGGUCGUGUGGAGGGACGUUACGUGACUGUGUAUCUGCCUGGUUCAAACAAGAUUCUUACGCUCUGUGAAGUGGAGGUUUAUGGGUACCGUGCCCCAACUGGAGAAAACCUGGCAAUACAAGGAAAAGCCUCACAGUCAUCACUCUUUGAAUUUGGCUCUCCAUAUAAUGCUAUUGAUGGGUAUCAUGACGGUAACUGGGUGAGGGCGACCUGCAGUCACACAAAGAAUGACAUGAAUCCUUGGUGGCGACUGGUUCUGCCUUUACUCACAAAAGUUUUUUCUGUUAAUGUAACCAACCGAGUUGAUUACUGGGAACGACUGAAUGGAGCUGAGAUCCGCAUCGGAGAUUCUCUCGAAAACAACGGCAACAACAACCCCAGGUGUGCCGUGAUCACAAGUAUCCCACCAGGUGCUACUCGUGGAUUCGAGUGUAAUGGGAUGGAAGGCCGCUAUGUUAACAUAUUUAUCCCUGGAAGACCGGAGUACCUCUCCCUGUGUGAGGUGGAGGUCUAUGGCUCUUUACUGGAUUCACUUUAAAAGAGCAAGAAUGAAGCCAGUGUUGUUAUAUGUACUCAGACAAACCAAAAUAAUACAUUUAGCUUCAACUGGAUUGUUUGCAUGAACAAUAACCAGUCACAUUGUGUGCAACAUGGAGCUAAGUUUGUCCUAGACAAUAGCAAUAUGGCAUUAGUCAGAUAAACUGGCUCUUACAUGAUCUCUGGUAAACCAGUUUGAAUCAUGUUUGAAUUAAGCUUACUAUAAUAAAAACAUUAUCACAGCAGCCUACGUGUGUUUCAUAAUUGAUCUGUUCUCUAAUGCUGUUUUAGACUGCUCUUUAAUGCUGAACUUGUGAUUGUACUGUCACUGCCUGCUGCUGUGUCUGUGUCUCUGAAAUAGAAUUAAAUCAUUAAAAGAGCCUUACAUGUUGGUCUGGAUCAAAACACACUUGAUUAAACUUAAACACAAAUAAAGAAUGUGGAGUUACAGAAGAA